AUGACCUCUCAAAAGCUCACACUCAAGAUUUCAUCUAUGAAAAACAGGCUCCUUGCCAACAAAGAGAACCAACCUCCUAGUCAACAAUCUCAGAGUCCAGCCCCAAAAGAGCCCCGAAAUGCAAAAUGGACAUCAGAGGAUGAUGCCACAUUAGUGGAUAAAUUGAAUAAGGCACAAAUGGAAGGUAAUCAACCUGACAAUAAUUUCAAAAAACCAGCUUUUGUUGCUGCAGCCGUUGUGCUGGUGCACCAAAGACAUCUACAAAUUGUAGCCGACAUUGGGGAACAGAGCAAGUGGAUCAAGAUGAGCACAGCAGAUGGUCAUCCAGAGAGUGAUUUAGACUUGGAUGGGGAAGAAAAGUCUCAGGAUUCUAUUGAAGUGUCUCAGAGCUCAAAACGCAAAUGUGCAGCUUCUGGAUCACCCACUCCUGCAUCUGCAGCUUCAUCACUCAGUUGUCCUGACCCUAGUAUUUUCCAGCUUAUUGGUGAUGUCCCCAGCACACCUAAGAGGAGAAUUGCUGCAAUCAAGGCUGUUUGUGUUGAUAAUGCAUUGGCCACUGCUGAGCGCACACAAGCAAUUGCACUAUUCACCAAGAAUAUUGCCAUUGCUGAUGCAUAUUCUGCUAUCUCUGAUGAUGUCCUUUGA